AUGGAUUUCACAAACAACAACAACAACAACAACAACAACAACAACAACAACAUCAGAUUAAUUUCCCAACCCCUCUUCUCAAUCCUCGAAAACAUCUUAGAAUUCCCCGAAAAGUUUCAAAACAACAACCCAACCAGAGCUUAUGUGAGAGAUGCCAAAGCCAUGGCAGCCACCCCAUCUAACGUGAUCGAGUAUGCUGAUGCCUACGCUAUUGUGGUGGACAUGCCCGGAAUUAAGCCUUCUCAGAUCAAAGUUCAGGUGGAGGACGACGGUGUUUUGGUGGUUGCCGAAGAACGGCGAAGGCCGGAGGGUGAGAAUGGUGGUGGUGAUGGAGUUAAGUAUUUGAGGAUGGAAAGGAGAGUUGGGAAAUUUAUGAGGAAGUUUUGUUUGCCGGAGAAUAGCGACAAAGACAAUGUCUCCGCCGCUCAUAACGACAGAAUUUUGACUGUAACUGUUCGGAAAAUUCCGCCGCCAGUGACUCAGAGACCUAAGACCAUUGAGGUCAAGGGUGCCUAA